AAUCAAUCAUCCCCCACGACCCUCUCGAUAAAAAAAAUUUAUCACCAGGCAGGGGAAAAUGGUGGCCACCUCCCCUUCGUCGGCGCCGCCCGCCACCGCCGGCGACUGCCCCCACCCGACCUACACCGAGAUGAUUACGCAGGCGCUCACCGAGCUGGGAGGCACCUCCGGCCGCAUCGCCAUCGCCGCCUUCAUCCUCAGCCGCUUCACGGGCCUCCCCGCCACCCACGACAAGCUCCUCAAAGCCAGCCUCCGCCGCCUCGUCUCCGAAGGCGUCGUCCGCGGCUACGGGUCAAAAUCGAGAUCUUGCUACGUCUUCCCCGCCUCCGACACGCGCGGUCGUGGCCGGCCCUCCAAGCCCAACAAUAAGGAUUUGUCGGAUCUCGAUUUGGAGGAUGACACAACCGCAACUCCCCUCCCCAAGAAUCUCAAUUUACAUGAACCAGUGAGAUGAUUUUGCCGGCCCGGCAACGACGCAACUCCGGCUCCGGCUCCGGCUCCCAGCCCCAGCAGAACUAUUCCGAUCCCGGUUUGGAUGGAUUCCAGAGUAACGGCAGCAGUGGCGAGGAUGACGUUGAUGAUGAUGAAUACACUCCACACAAGCGAGGCACUGGGAGACCAAGGAAGAUACUGAGAGGGCGUGGGAGGCCGAGAAAGGACGCGCAACAAUCACAAUCACAAGCAAAGCAUCCUCCAACUCCAACUGCAACUGCGUCGUCAACCGGUGGCAUGCAACAAUCAGAAGCAGAAGCAGCAGCAGCAGAGCCUCGUAAGGUUACCCUAUCUGCGAAUGGAGAUGCUGCCUCCCCAUCGACCAAGAGUGGCCGUGGGAGGCCAAGGAAGAUACGGGGAGGGCGUGGGAGGCCGAGAAAGGACCAGCAGCAAUCACAAGCAAAGCAUUCUCCAACUCCAGCUGCGUCAACUGGUAAAGCAGCAGCAGCAGCAGCAGCAGAGCAUCCUCCAACUCCAUUGUCAACUGAUGGUAUCAAGAGAGGGCGUGGGAGGCCGAGAAAGGAGGCCGACAAAGGAGGAUCAACAAAGGACGAUCCUCCUGCUCCUGCUGCAUCGGCAGGAGUCAAGAGAUCGCGUGGGAGGCCAAGAGUGUACAGACCAAUGCCCGUCAAAACUGGAGAUGAACUUGAGAAUCCAGUAUCAGUUGAUGUCGCACUUGAGAAUCCAAGAAUGCACAGGCCAUCAGCAGCUGGUGUUGUGUCCAUGGUCAUGAAGAGAGGAAUACCUGCUAAGGCUCGAGAUGCAAGGCCUGCUGAAGCUGGAGAUGCAAUACCUGCUAAAGCUAGAUAUGCAAGGCCUGCUGAAGCUGGAGAUGCAACGCCUGCUGAAGAAACUGGAGGUGCUGCGUCGACGGGAAUCAAGAGACCACGUGGGAGGCCAAGAAAGGAGAAGCCAGCAGCAGCAAUGUCUGCUCAAGCUGGGGAUGCUGUGUCGGCCGGGAUCAAGAGAGCGCGUGGGAGGCCAAGAAAAAAAUGACAAGCCUGAUUCUGCCUACACACAUCAGAAACUAGUGGUUGGGGUGCCUGGUUCGAAACCCUCAUGAAUAAAAAUUAAUGCUAGGAAAGAUGGGCAAAUGCCUUUCAAAAGGUCGCCUCUCUAUGCUUGAAAAUAAGUUGACGUGCCAACAAACAAGAAAAGGAUUUACCUUCAACACCAGAAUGCUGGAGGAACAGGUUUGAA